AUGGCGCCGGUAGGGAUUAUGGCUCGACUCAAAAGUCUAUACUCCAAGCAGGAUGAACCUGCCCUGUCAGAACAGACGGUCGCUUUUCUGUCUGUCAUUCUCACCCUACUCUACGUGGUACCAUUCUAUCUCUCACCAGCAACCCGCCCAUCCCCAACUCUCAGUCGCGAUGCUCCAUCCGUCAUUCGCGCUCGCAUCCGCGUUGUUACGAGCUCAUGUAUCGUGAGCUCUGUCUUCGUCCUCUGGCUCAUCGUUGAGGAGGGUAAUUCCUCCCUCGGCGCCGGCACCAGGCUCCUUGGAUGGUGGCCCGUCGGCCUGCUGGAGACUAUUCGCAGUCUUUUCCUAACUGCGAUUCUCUUCGUUGGCCCGCUCUUCGAGCGUGGCAUCGUCGAGGGCGAGUGGAAGUUCUGGUUUCGUCCUAGUAAGCUCUCUGAGAGUCUCGGUGGCUGGAUUGGUUGGAGGAAUUAUGUUGCGGGCCCCUUCACAGAAGAAGUCAUGUUCAGAUCUGCGAUGGUACCGCUGCAUUUGCUAGCACACACCUCGCCGGGUCGAAUCGUGUUCCUCGCACCGCUGUAUUUCGGCAUCGCGCAUAUUCACCACUUCUAUGAGUUCCGUCUGACGCACCCAGACACGCCGGGUCUAGCCGCCCUGCUGCGGUCGCUUGUGCAGUUUGGAUACACGACCAUCUUCGGUUGGUAUGCGACCUUUGUCUAUUUGCGGACGGGAUCGUUGCUGGCCGUUGUUCUCAUCCAUAGUUUCUGUAACUGGUGUGGAUUGCCGCGCUUCUGGGGGCGUGUUGAGACCGGUGAGCCCAUUCGUCCACGUGUGUUGAGGGGCAAGGAGGAUUCCGAUGAUGGUGGGGUUGGGGUUCAGGAUAGUGGUGAAUUGGGUGUUGGGUGGACGGUCGCUUAUUAUAUGCUUCUUGUUGCUGGGGCGCUUGGGUUUGCUCAGGGCUUGUGGCCUUUGACUGAGUCCUAUAACGCUCUUGUUUCGUUUUCGGGAAACUCAAAUUAG